CACAGAUGGAGAAACACUGUGUUAGCUGGACCCUUCUGCUGGUUCUGUGCAGCCUGCUGCCACUGGCUACACAGGCAGGCAGGCAGAUGCCAAAGCUCUCAGACAAGAAGCUGUGCGCCGAUUCAGAAUGCAGCCAUCCCAUUCUCAUUGCCAGAGCUCUGCAGGACUAUUAUCCUCAAGACUGUCGCUUCAUUCCCAUACAGCAGGGCCAGUCUGUCUAUGUGUAUGCUAUGCUAAAAGACCGUGGGAACCUCUUCUGGUCUGGCAGUGUUCAAGGGUCUUAUUAUGGAGAUCAGGAGGCUCGUCUGGGAUAUUUCCCCAGCAGUGUUGUUGAAGAGACACAUGCAUUAAUGCCUGCUGAAGUUGAGGUCAAGACUGAUAAAUGGGACUUCUACUGCUAUUAGGACUGUGUGCUUCCUGGGCUUCUGGAAUUUAAACACGAUUCAUGAUUCCACUCUGCACUUUACAGUGUUUGUCCAUAUGCAUUAUCUCUAGAAUGCAACUCAACCUACUAUUUUGUAGCAAAAGUAUCAAACAAGCCACACCAUUCGCAUUAGGUUUUACUCUUCAGUGAAAGAAAACAUGUAGACAGUGUUUAAAACAUUCUGCUUGAUAGACUGUAAAUGCUUGUUGAUGCAAUAGUUUGAAUAAAACUGAGCUGCUGCUACUUUGC